AGCUUUGUGGUACUUACAUCGCUAACGGUUAGCAACAACAAAAACUGCAGUUUAAUUUUAUUUUUAAUUUAUUACAACUAAAUGCAAUAUGCUUUCCAAUCUUAUUGUGACCAAUCAAAAGGUCGUGCUCAUAAUUGAUCAACUAAAUCGCGAUCGCAUCGCGCUAAAGUUCAUUGGCAGCCAGCUAAACGAGCAGGGCGAGGGCAAUGAUAUUAAAACACUGCCAAUUGGCACGCAAUUGAAGCACGUGGCCAGCUUUGAGGCGCUGUUAAAUGAUUGCUACAACAAUGCAAAUAAUCAACAAUCAAAUCCAACCGAGCCCAUCCCAACAAAGACUGGCUAUAAUAUAAUACUGCCAACGCUGGCAGAUUUGCUCUGCUAUCAGACACCUGCCUAUAUUUUUGACUUUCUCAAUAAGUUGCGCCGCUGCGAGCAUGUCCGCCGUGUCUUCCUGUGGGCGUCACCGAAACAUCUGCAGCACCCAGACGCUGAGUAUAUCCUGGCUGGUUGUGAGUAUCUGGCAGAGCUGGUGCUACGCUUGGAGACAGACAGCACGUUGUCGCUGAUAUCUCGCAAACCCGGCGGCGGGGUUACCAACAAACGCUACAGGUGCCAAGUCAGCAAGACGGAGUUCCAAGUGACGCCUCUGACAGAGGGUGCCGACGCGACUGCUUCUCCUGCUACCACAAUACAGGAGACGCCAGAUAAUGCUUCAGAUCCUGGUCGCACCUUCAAGAUUGAAUUGGAUGAGGAUGAAGUUGUAGCGCGCAAUGCGCUCACAUUGCCAUAUGAACGCAUCAGUGAAGCGGAGGAGGGUAACAUCAUCUAUACGCCAGAUGCUAAUGAUGACUUCGAUCAUGAAGAUCCCGAUGAAGAUUUGUUAAUUUAAAAUGUGCUCGCACAGCGAAC